CUCUUUCACUGUGUCAGUGAAGUUGAAAUGUGUGUUAGGAAUACCGGCAAAGUGGACUUUGACUUCAACGUCACAUACUUUCCAAAUGCAAAGGAGAACAAAGGGGUCGAUAAAGGAGACGGAGUGCUGAUUAAGGCAGAUGAUGACGACAGAGAUGCACAGCAUUUAAAAGGAAAAGGUCAACAACACGAGAGGCUGAAGAUCAGACCUGGGUGGCCCGUAAUUAUUCCAUCUGUGGGUUACAUUAGUGCUGGUUCAGAGAAGCACCUGCGUGUACUUUACCUGCCUGGCAUCCCUGAAGUGUUUAAGAAGCAGUUUCAGCUCCAGGUGGCUUUCUUACCUCCCCAGGAGGUCACGCUAACCGGGGUGGGAGUGUUCCCAAGAAUCCGACUGAAUUUGCCACGAAACUUGUGUAUGUUCACACCUGCACUCAGACGGUCACAGGCUCUGCCAAAAGAACUCUUUCACUGUGUCAGUGAAGUCGAAAUGUGUGUUAGGAAUACCGGCAAAGUGGACUUUGACUUCAACGUCACAUACUUUCCAAACGCAAAGGAGAACAAAGGGGUCGAUAAAGGAGACGGAGUGCUGAUUAAGGCAGAUGAUGACGACAGAGAUGCACAGCAUUUAAAAGGAAAAGGUCAACAACACGAGAGGCUGAAGAUCAGACCUGGGUGGCCCGUAAUUAUUCCAUCUGUGGGUCACAUUAGUGCUGGUUCAGAGAAGCACCUGCGUGUACUUUACCUGCCUGGCAUCCCUGAAGUGUUUAAGAAGCAGUUUCAGCUCCAGGUGGCUUUCUUACCUCCCCAGGAGGUCACGCUAACCGGGGUGGGAGUGUUCCCAAGAAUCCGACUGAAUUUGCCACGAAACUUGUGCUAA